AUGCGUCACCAGGCGCGGCAUUGGAUGUUUGGCCCCAGUGAAUUGGCGGAGCACCGCACAAAUUCGAAUAUCCAAGCAAGCGAGACGCUGCAGCGGUAUGCGCAAGAAGCUAAUAUUCAACUGCCAUUGAUGCUGAGUGUCGAGGAUGAGCAAGCGAUCAUCCGGUUCUAUCUCUUGCGUAUCGGCCGCCUUGUGCGUGCAUUUGGGUUGCCGAACUUGGUGGAGACGACGGCAAUGACAUUAAUGAAACGCUUUUAUAUUCGAAACUCGUGCAUGCAGUUCCACCCCAAGCUGAUCAUGCUAACGAGCAUUUACCUUUCCGCGAAAGCAGAAAACUACCCUGUCCCAUUAAAGCAUUUUUGUGCGCAAGUGAAUGAAAGCACCGCCAAGCAAGGUGCGGAAGCGCCGAGCAAGGCAACGACGCCGUCAGCCGCGCGUGGCGACGUGGCAGAAAAUAUUAUUCGCGAUCUUGAGUUUGGUAUGGUGCAGAGCUUGGACUUCGAGCUUGGUCUGCAUAGUCCACACCGCGCGCUGUACGGCUUCAUUCUCGAUAUCCAGUCGGUUCAGCCGACCUUGUCGCGAGAAGAUGUUAUGGGAUUUGCAGGUGCAGUACAAGCCUAUUUACAAGUCGCACGGCUUACGGAUGUAGAGUUUGUCUAUGCUCCUGCGCAUAUUGCUCUGGCUGCCUGUUGGAUGUGCAAUGCACCAAGCCGGAAAGAGGGAGCACCACCCAUUUCUGGAAAAGACCUAGUACAGCUUUGGUUAGGGGCGAAAGCAGAGAGGGGUGCUACAUUACACGAAAGCGAGUUGAAAGAUCGCGUGGCUUGGCGUGAAAAGAAACGAGCAAUCGACGAAGAGAUUGCAAAGCACGAGAAAAAUGGCGCGAAUAGCAACUCAACGAUACCCACAGAAGAGUCCACGGAGGAACCAACAGAUGCGUUAAAUUCCGAUGGCUUCGAAAUUCCCAUAUCUGAGCUGGAGACCACUUUUGAUGCUAUUGCUACUCGAAUUCGCGACGUGCUUGACCCCAACGUGGAAACCAAAGCGCCGCCACGCCCAUUCGUGGACGUAGAGCGCGUCAAGCAGAUUGAUCUGGCACUCCGGCAAUGCCUACAGCUAUUUGAGAAAGGGCAAGUUACCUCGUCGCGGAAGCGAGCAAGCGAUGACCAUCCGUCUAGCACCAAACGCCAACGCACUGACUCUGACUCCGAUAACGACCCGUAG